AUGAGUGAGCACUGCAAGUGUGAGGAAGACCAUGAAGACCCAAGAGAGGCCCAGGGGCUGGUGGAUGCGCAGCUCUCUGGGGCUGAGGAGGAGGAGGCCACAUCCUCCUCCUCCUCCCCCCACUCCUCCUCCCCCUCUGUUCUGUUCCUGGGCUCGCUGGAGGAGUCCUCGCUCCAAGACGCACUGCAUUUGAAGAUGGCUGACCUGGUGGGGUUCCUGCUCCUCAAGUAUCGCACAAAGGAGCGUACCACAAAGGCGGAAAAGCUGAAUCUGGUCAUCAGAGAUCACCAGGACCACUUCCCUGUGAUCUUCAGCCAAGCCUCUGAGUGCACGCAGCUGGUCAUUGGCUUUGAUGUGAAGGAAGUGGACCCCAGCGACCACUCCUACAUCCUGGUCACCAUCCUGGGCCUCACCUACGAUGGGAUGCUGAGCGGUGAGCAGAGCAUGCCCAAGACCUGCCUCCUGGUGCUGCUCCUGGGCAUGAUCCUCCUGGAGGGCGACGGGGCCCCUGAGGAUGACGUCUGGGAAGCGCUGAGUGUCAUGGGAGUGUGUGCUGCGACGGAGCGCUUCAGCUACGGGGAGCCCAGGGAGCUCCUCACCAAAGUUUGGGUGCAGGAACAGUAUGUGCAGUACCGGCAGGUGCCUCACAGCGAUCCUGCACACUACGAGUUCCUGUGGGGUCCCAGGGCCACGCUGAAACCAGCAAGAUGA